UCAAACAAGGGAAGACUUAAUAAAUACACCUUCCCAGAGGAAAGCGAGUCCAUGCUGACUUCUCUGCUUCCUCAAACUGAAGUGAGCUCGUUGAUUUUCCUUGUGUCUUGCGUGAAGAACAGAAGGGAGGGAGAUGGGAGCUAUGAUAAACCUGCAGGAUUUUCCGGUUGGAUACAGAUUCCAUCCAACUGGGGAGGAGUUCGUGAAUCAUUACUUGAAGAGGCGAGUCCUAGGAAUCCAAGGCGGUCCCUGCAUAAUUCCCGAUGUCGACAUCUACCAAUACGAUCCUGGGCAAUUACCAGACUUUUUCAUGAUAAAUCAAUCAUUGGCCGGGAUGACCAAGUUCAAGAGUGGUGGUUCUUCAGUCCAGAUACACCCCAAAGGUUUCAAAGACCGACUAGGGUUCAAAGAUCGACUCCCUCUGGCUAUUGGAAGAAGACUGGCGACGACAAGGAAGUCAAGGCCAGAGGUACCGCCACGGUAAUCGGUAUUAAGGAAUAUCUAGUCUUCUACCAAGGUCGAGGCAAGAAAGCGGACAAGACCAACUGGGUCAUACAUGCAUAUCGUCUGCCCGCUGAUGAUUUGAAUAGAACUCACGUUCUGUGUCACUUAAAGCAUGAACGAGAUGAGAAGGCUGAUAAUUCAACUGUAGUAUCAGAGCGUGGAGCCAUUAACCUGACAGAUUUCGAAUUGGAUCUUCAUCGACCUGUUGAUGAGGACUUGUUCCCAGAGCCUCUAAUCCAAGCACAGAUGAUUUCACUGAUGGAGUUAAUUCCGCCCGGGAACCGAAUUGAAUUUGCAGCUGGCUUCCUGCAGCAGCUUCAUCCUGAACUAGGAUUGCAAAAUAAUAGCUUCCCCUCCAACUUGCACGAGCCUGCAAAUAUUGAGGGUCCUUCUGUCAUGGACAUACCAAGGGACGAUGGCCUUACUGAUGAAUCAAUUCAAUCAAUGUUUGGAACAAGUGAAGAAGAUGAAGAUAUUGGUGACAUGCAAAGUGCAGAUCUUGCUUAUGCCGACUUCUUGGAAGGAUCCAUGGAAACAGAGUAUGACCAAACAUUUUACUCGCACCAUGAACAUCCUGUUCAAAUGAAUCGGCGAGCACAAACAACCGACUCAGUCCACGGUUUUGUUUCUCUCGAGGAAAAGAAAGGCAUGGUGGAGAAGAAGUUCAACGGCUCAACUGUCACCUCUGAGAAACCUAAGCUGCAUCCUGUACCUGGGUUGCCUCACAGACCUGUGGCACCUCCCAUACGACCUGCAAGUGAAAAAUGCUAUAGCAAAAAUGAAGAGCUGAAGUUCAGAAAGGUUAAGCAGGAAACUGCAGCCAAAAAUGUGAAGCCAGAACUCUUGUCUUUGGAUGAAACAGCAGCCAGAGCAAAGGUACGAAAAUACAAAGAGCGCAGUCCAGACCGUAAUUCAACCAAGAAGACAAACAGCAAGGAGAAUGAAUAUGCCAGAGAGAAAUCAAAUUUAGUGGCUGCAUCCACCGUAACAACCAGCGAGGGCACAAAAAGUUCCACAAAUUCUCCACUGUCUUAUCUUGUGAAUGUUCUCGUUGCAAUUUUCAUGUUGCUCACCAUCACUCGCCUAGUACUUAAUUUCUGAUUUUCGCUGCUAAUUUUCCCUGGGUGCAACGCAGCAUGAUUGACAAGUGCAAUUGUAAAAGUGGGUUUUGUAUGUCGUGUCACAAUUCAUGUAAAUGUAGCUUGUCUUCCUUUUGAUGCUCAUGCUUUGCACUUCCUUUUGCUUCGGUGGAAUUGGAAGAUCUACCUAGAUAUGCAACUGCUCUGUAAUUUUACUUUCUUCAUUCUCUGCCGUAUAAGGCGAAGAAUCAAAAAGUUGCUACAGCGAUGUUUCCUUUAAAAGUUCCGUGUCUUUCUUUAGUUUA